AGAUAACGAAAUCUUCGAGAUAAAAUUAAAUCUACUUAUUUUUCUACUGUAAAGAUUGAAUCACAGCGUAAGUGAAAAUCGAUUCUAAUUAUUUGAAAAAUGGACAAAGGAAAAGUGAAUAAAGGUAAAAAGCUCACUAGAUUGGUUAGCGUGAGAAAUGAAUAUAAAAACGGUGGAAUUCAAGAUAGUUCGUUGGCGGUUUUAGAAGAACUAGUUCAAUGCGGAAUAUGUUUGGAAAGGAUGUGCGAACCGCGUAUGCUUCCCUGUCAACACACCUUCUGUUUAGCAUGUUUGAAAACGAUCAUUUCCGCUAAACUUCUCUACCUCAAAGAUGGUAUUAAACUAGCAGUGAACACGGUUGUCAAAACUUACAGUUGUCCUGUAUGUAAAGCCGAAUUUUCUUUAAAAAAAGGUUUGGAAUCUUUGAACGAUUUAUCCAAGAAUUUCCACGUGGAAACUUUACUUAAAUUGCUAGAAGGUGAACAAGUAGUAACUUCUCCACAAGUUAAAGCGAUCGAUUAUAGAUGUGUCAAAUGUCAAACUAUUUCGGAAUAUCAAGAACACGUAUGUCAACAUUGCGUACAGAUAUUCUGUUCGAUAUGUUGGAUAGAUCAUUUGUCAGAGCUGGAUUCCAACCUAUCUCAACUCACCGAACAAAUCGAAGAAUCGAAACUGAGAUUGAGUCACAAAUCUCAAAAUUUCUCAAACCGAUGCGACCAACUUGUCGAAACAAUAAAAGAAAGUAUCGAACAGAAAAUAGCGAACAUUCGGGAAUCCGAAAAAAACGUUCUGCUGGAAGUUAAAGCUAUAAAAGAACAAGGAAAUGUUUUACACGAUAUGAUAACAUGCAGAGUUGAAGCAGUUAAAGGAAAAAUUCAAGAUAUCAUCAACGAUAAAAAACAGAACAAAAAUAAGAUAAGCAACUACAUGAAUAUUCAUCGAGAAACUGCGAAACUUUUCGAAGAAAUUUAUCACUACGGCGAAGCGCGAAUCGUUUACGACGCCGAACGAAUUAGAAUCGAUCAAGAUAAAGAAGGUAUCUACUUCGAUUUAACGGAAAAAGAUCAAACUAAAGGAGAAAACGUUGAAAAUCCUUACGAAAAUGUCGCUUCCAUGGUGAAACAUUAUAAAUCGAGAUCUUUUGUACCAAGGUUAUUAUGGUCGAAAUGUCCCAGACCGGGCGGGGUGGGCGUAGCUCCAUGGGAUCACAACAAAAUUUACGUCGCCGCAACGGAUACAAAAAAUAUCUUGAUACUAGAUCGCGCUAAAUUUAAACUUCUCGGUAGGAUAAAUCAUCCCGAGAUGCUGUGUCCGAUUAAUUUGGCAUUUUCGAAAAAAUAUUCCGAAAUAUUCGUAACUGAUAAAUGGAAACAUUGCGUCCACGUUUUUUCGAAUACCGGCGAUUAUUUGAGAAAAUUCGAUAACUUGCAAUUGAAAAGUCCAGAUGGCAUAGCGAUCGGACAGAGCGACGAAGUUUUCGUAUGCGAUACGGGGAAUAACCGAAUCGUCGUUAUCGAUUCCGAAAGCGGGAAACUACUCUCGACUAUAGGAAAGGGUGAGUUGCAUAUCCCCACCAGCGUCGCUAUACACGGCGAAAAAUUAAUCGUGGCCGACGUGGGGAACAACAGGGUUAAAAUCUUCAACAGAGACGGUGUAUUGUUGAAGGAAAUCGGAUCUUUUGGCCGAAAUAAAGGAGAGUUUCGUUCAGCGGAAGUCGUUGCAGUCGAUUGCUUGGGUUUUAUUCUAGUAGGAGACGCGGGGAACGCGCGAAUUCAAGUAUUCCAACCCGAUGGUAAACUGGUGACCAUAUUCGGAAGCAAAGAAGGAUUCGCUUGGAUUUCCGGUAUACACGUCACAUCUUCUUUAGACAUAAUUUGUACCGAUAGCAGAAGUAGAAGUCUAAGAAUAUUUUAAUGUGGAUAUUCUUAUAAUUGAAAUAAAAAUAUAUUAUGAAA